CAGUCACUCGUGGAAUCCUGAGUCGUGUCAGUGGUCUGGCGGACGUGGUCGCGCGCGAGUGUGUCGUUGAGAAUUGGUCGCUUCGCUCGGCGAGAAACGGUGCGGAAAGGAAUAACGUAGAGAUAGAAGAAAGGGUAUAAAGGUGCGUGUUUUCGAUGUAGUGAAAGGGCAACGGAAAAGGGUUUACGAAGAACGAUUCAACGUUCCUCGCGAUCUCCUCGUUCCGUGCGACACGCGUCCAGGAAUCCAUCUCUCUCGACCAUCCUUCCAAAAAGAACGUAUCGUACGUUUGAAAUCGUGCUGCGAGACAGACAUUCCUCGAGUCUGUGUUGCGUGCAGGUAUCGACUAGUUUCUUGGAAGACUCGGAAGACGUUUCCUCUUUGUCAGAGGUGAAGAGCGUGGCGAAGGUCGGAGGAAAAAGUAGUUAACAGCCUUGCACCUGGCACAACACACACACACACAUACUUCGUCCCUGACGGCUUUUGCAACUGAAUCUCUCGAUCUACGUUCUUCGUCGUCGAUCCUAUCUCGCAUACACAUUGCCAUUGUGUUCUUUCGAUAUAUAUAUAUAUAUAUACACACGAGUAUCGUCGAUGAAUGGUCGACGCUAAAUACACAAAGCGUUCUUUGAAAUCAACCGAUCCGACGACCACGUUGGUAGUCGUUAAUCUCGCCUCCAUUUCAAUCCUCCACUACUAUUUCUACUCAAUAGCAAUAUAAUUCUACCAUCCUCGAAAAUAACAGGCUUCGCAUCCCUGUAUCGUGAAGCACAGCAUUCGAACGAAGGAGGAGGAGAAAGAAGAGGAUACGCACGUGUUCCACGCGACGGAAACGCAUCACUGCCAACGCGAUACGACGCCGAGCAUCCGCCUUUCGAACAGAUCUGGGACCAGCUGGAGGACGCCUUUUCUUCGAGUCGAGUUAUUAUCGGUUGUGCCUGUGCGUCCUGUAAACAGGUUACUGGUCGUCGUCGCGCGGCAAAAAAACUCUCGCAUCGAGGAACGAAACGGUCGAGGUCGAAGGACGUCGUAGUUGUUGUCGUCGUAGUCGUCGUUGUGUGGAGACGCAGUUGAGAACAGCCGCGUUUGUCGACCGUUUACGCGGAAAAUCGUAGAAAUAUAAACACGGGAGGAGGGAAGGGAUCGGAUGGUCGUGGCCUUUGCUCGAAAAAGUGCGGAGUAUAUGUGUGAUACAGAGUGUCGGUUAGGUCGUUCGAUAACCCGUCCUGUGUUCCGCGAAGUGAAAACGCCGCGUGGAUGAUAAUUGGCGAUAGACGACCGACCGACUCGGUACGCGAUUUGGUGCGGUUAAUCAAAGGCUCUCCUCCUCGUUGCGCUUGGUCGAAAGGGAGGGUUGGAAGAAGAGGGUGGAAGGAAGGAAGGGAGGAAGGCUUUGGAAAGUUUUGGAUAAGGAAAGACGAGAAAGGAAAAUUGGAAAGAAGUGACCGUGAUAAUCCAGCCCUGCCAAGUUUACCUGAAAACGAUCGGCUGGCUCGUCUACAUCCUACGAGAUAGCUGACGAGAAUUCCGAGUCGAUGAGAUCGAAGCAAAGGGACGCGAGCUGAAAACGCGCGGCCGCCGUCGUUGAAGGCUACUUAAAACGACCAUUGAGCACUCGUCGGGGUGCUCGAAUUACCUACAACAGGUGGCCCGCAACUCCGCCAAUACGAGCGAAACAUCUGCAACUCCGGGCGGCUUGUGGGAGUGCAGCAAGUGCCUGGACGAGAUGCGGCUGAUGCAGAGGUUGGCGAUCAGCGGACUCCUGUCCGUGAUACUGAUCGUCCUUCUCACCGGCACGUUCGUCACGCGUCGUGAUCUCGCGAACGUGGUGGAGCGUGGAGGGGCGCCCGAGGAGCGCAGCAACGAGCAGCAGCAAGCGAACCCCGCAUGGGUGCAGAGUAACGUGAUCCCGGGCCAGGACGAGGCGAAACCCCUCGAAGAUAAGGAUCGAUGGGUGGACUCGAGGCAGAGACAGUCGGAGCCAUCCGCGGUCGGACCCCCGCCGCUCCCCGUCCCCGGGCCCUACGUCAUUAAACCGCCUAAUCCACCCCUGGAUGACGUGACUAAUCAGCGCCGCGAGAAGAUCAAAGAGAUGAUGAAACAUGGCUGGGACAACUACGUGAGAUACGCCUGGGGGAAGAACGAGCUGAGACCGAUCUCGAAGAGGGGUCACAGCGCAAGCAUCUUCGGCGCGUCGAACAUGGGGGCGACCAUCGUCGAUGGCCUCGACACUCUGUACAUCAUGGGCCUUCACGACGAAUUCAAGCAAGGCCGGGACUGGAUAGCCGAGAACCUCGACUUCGAUAUCAACUCGGAGAUAUCCCUCUUCGAGACGAACAUUCGUUUCAUGGGAAGCUUGUUGGCCUGUUACGCUCUCACGGGGGACGUGAUGUUCCGGGAUAAGGCGGCUCAGCUCGGCGAGCGGAUGUUGCCCGCUUUCCAGACGGAAACCGGAAUUCCUCAUUCCCUCAUCAAUCUGCACACCGGGGCGAGCAAGAAUUACGGGUGGGCGAGCAGCGGGUGUAGCAUCCUGUCCGAAAUUGGCACGAUGCACCUCGAAUUCACCUAUUUAAGCGACAUCACCGGGAAUCCGGUUUUCAAGAGCAAGGUCGAGAACGUGAGGAAGGUGCUGAAGAAUCUGGAGAAACCGAAGGGGCUGUAUCCAAACUAUAUUCAUCCGAAGACGGGGAAAUGGGGCCAACAUCACAUGUCGCUGGGAGGGCUCGGUGACAGUUUCUACGAAUAUCUUCUGAAAGCGUGGAUCCAAUCCGGCAAGGAGGAUGUCGAGGCCCGGCAAAUGUACGACGAGGCGAUCGUGGCCAUAGAUCAACACAUGAUCAAGACGUCGCAGGGCAAGCUGCUCUACGUGUCGGACUUGAAGUACGACAGGCUGGAACACAAAAUGGGUCAUCUGGCGUGUUUCGCCGGUGGUAUGUUCGCGUUAGGCGCGAAAACAUUGCAAAACGAAUUGUCCGAUAGAUACAUGACGAUAGCCGCCGGUCUCACCAACACGUGCCACGAGUCCUACGAUCGAAGUUACACGAAACUCGGCCCCGAAGCCUUCCACUUCAUCGAGGGGAACGAGGCGAAGAGCUUGAAGAACGGCGAGAAAUACUACAUCCUUCGGCCGGAGACCUUCGAAUCGUACUUCGUGAUGUGGCGGCUGACAAAGGAUCCCAAGUACCGUGAAUGGGGAUGGGAGGCCGUUCAAGCUCUCGAGAAAUACUGCCGUGUUCCAGGGGGGUUCACGGGACUCCACAAUGUUUACCUGGUCGAUCCGCCACAGGACGACGUCCAACAGAGCUACUUUUUCGCCGAGACGCUCAAGUAUCUCUAUCUGCUGUUCAGCGACGACGAUCUCAUAAAUCUAGACGAAUGGGUGUUCAACUCCGAGGCGCACGUGCUUCCCAUCAGGGGCAAUCCCCUGUACCGGCCAGCUCCCUCUUUAUAAUUCAAAGAACCCUCAUACCUCGAAGAAACCACGCACCGAUGACGCAGUGAGACCCCUUCAACAGCUCUUGAAACACCGGAAGUCCUCCGCUGCGCACCAGGAAAGAAGAGCAACGUGAUCCAUGAAAAGAAGAAACGAAGUCGGAACGAUUUGGCUACGAGGGAUGUAAAUAAAGAAGAACGCGAAAAAAUUCGACGGUGUACGUGAUACGAGGGGAGAAAAAAAAAAAAAAAAAAGUAAAGCAGUGAUCGAACGUUUCUGAAUUUAGAGAGAGAGAGAAAGAGAGAGAAAGAAUGAGAGAGAAUGAGAGAGAAUAAGAACAAAUCAGAGAAAAACGUUAUUAAUUGUGAAAUUGUAGACAGAUCGACGAACAAUGAAAAUAGAAAAAUGAAAAGAGUGGGGGAGGCGGUACGACGAUGUGAAUACUCAUCCCGAAAACCACAUGUCAUCGCCUGUGAAAUAAUUAAAAAUAAUUAUUUUAGGUAAAACAAGAUAAUAGGGGACAAGGGAGCGUGGGGAGAUAAUAACGAACAUUAUUUAAACGAGGAAAUAUAUUGCAUCUGAGACACUUACAUAAAGAUAUACACAUACACACACACACACACACACAAGACACAAGACAACAGAGUACGUUUGUAAAUAGCGAAAAAAAGAGCGAGUGUGUGAAAAUAAAAAUAAUAAUAGAAAACACGCGAGAAAGAGGGAGUGAAAGAAUGAGAGAGAAAAUAAGA